AUGUCUCAGCUAUAACUGUUAUAAUUCUUUUUUAAGCUGUAGUUAUUGCUUUUAGUAAUUACAUGCUAAUCACAAAAACGAUUGUAAAAGAUUUAGGAAUCUGACUUCUAUUAUUAGUUAAGAAUAAAGAUAAAAAAAUAAAGAAAUAUUAAAGAAUAAUCAUUAGUAAGAAUUUUGGUAAAUAGGCAAUCCAAACAUAUAUUAAUUUUUAAAAUAUAUGAUCUCAUUAUUAACAAAAAAUAUUAAGAAUUGAACUAAAAACAUCUUAGUUGCUUAAGAGAACUUUUCAUUUCAGGAUAGUAAUGUUAAAUUAAAUUUGUUUUAUCUUAAUAGAAAAAGAAUGGGAUUUCUUUAAAUUUACAUUUAAAUAGACAAUAGAAUAAUAAAUAAAGUCUAGAAAAUUUUGUUAAUGCACCUUAAAGUAAAAUAUAUUGAUAACUAUUUAGAAAAAUUGAAGGUUGAAACAAAUAUUAAGAGUAUGAAAAUAACUGAUUAACAUUUAUUAGUUAAGGAAGGUAAUAUAAUUUAAUUUAUUUAUUUAGCUGACAAGUUAUAUUAAUAAUAAAAUUACAAAAAAGCACUUAAGCUUUAUAACAAAGCUCUUAAGAUAAAUAACGAAUGCGCAAAUAUUUUUUAUAUGAAAGGUAAAACUCUAAUUAGAUUAAAUCAUCAUAAAAGGGCUUUAACUUUUAUAAAUAAAGCUAUUAAAUUAAAAUCUGAUUGCAGUUAAUAUUUAUAAACAAAAAGUAAUCAAUUAUUUUAUUUAGGUUUUGCAUUAUUUAUGCUUAAGAACUUGAAGAAAAGCUUAAAAUUUUGUGAAAAAGCUAUCGAAUUAAAACCUGAAAACGGAUAUUUAUACUAUAGCAAAGGUAUAAAUUUUCUUAAUUUAGCUAAAAUAUUAAUUAAAAUGAAUUCACAACAAUAAGCAGUUGAAAGUUUGUAAUUAGCUACUUAAAAAGAUCCAAAUUAAUUUUAAAACUGGCUUGAAUAAGGUUUGUUUUGAUAAUAAAAGUAGGAAAAAUCUUCAUUGAACUCAAAAGAUAUGAACAGGCUCUUGUAUGUUUAAAUAAAGCUAUUGAAAUAAAACCAGAUAACGAAUUUUUAUAUUUUCUGAAAUGUAAGAAAUAAUUAUAUUUAGCCCACCCUUUAUUUAAAUUGUAAAAAUAUUACGAAUCCUUAAAGUGUAUAGACUUAUCUCUCAAAUUGAAACCAAAUUUUAUAAAAUUUGAAAAAGCAAAAGGUAAUAAUUUUAUAAAAUAGAUUAGCAUUUAUUUUAACAAAAUUGAAUAGAGUAUCAGAGGCUAGAUAUUUCGACUAAUGUAUAAUUAAAAUAAUCAAAAAUUAUAGAUGA